CCCCUGGUAACGGUACACUGUAUUGCUUACAUGGAGCGGUCAGAGAUUCAGAAGACCCAGCUCAUAUCUAACCAGCCAUACGACGAGACCCUGGACAUUAACGAUUCAGAAGAGGUCGCCAGUUUGUACACACCAACUCCAAGACAAACAGUUUUCAGAAACACAAGCAGACAGCAGCUGAGUUCCAUGGCAAAUAACAGCAGGGAUGACUUUGAAGAUGGCACCAGGAAAAAGAAGGGGCUGCUCUCUAGUCCUCGGGAUGCUAGUGAGAAUAAUGAUGAUGACGAAGAGGAUGACGAUGACUCUGAUGAGACGGAAUCAGAUGAGGAUGACGGGGAAUCCGGUUUAGCUCCAGAAGGGGCAUAUGAUCCAGCAGAUUAUGACCAUCUUCGGGUGACAGCGGAAAUAAAAGAACUUUUUCAGUACAUCACGCGAUACACGCCGCAGACCAUUGAAUUGGACCAUAAGCUAAAGCCUUUUAUUCCUGACUUCAUCCCAGCCGUGGGAGACAUUGAUGCUUUUCUCAAAGUUCCUCGACCAGAUGGAAAAGUAGAUGGUCUGGGUGUACUGGUGCUAGAUGAACCCUGUGCUAAACAGUCUGACCCCACUGUGCUCUCCCUGUGGUUUUCAGAGAACAGUAAACAGCACAAUGUCACUGAGGUAAAAGUGAAGAGUAUUGAGGACCCACAGAAGAACCCAAAAGCUAUAGAUAACUGGAUAGAGAGCAUCAGCGAACUACAUCGUUCCAAACCACCAGCUACUGUACACUAUACCAGACCCAUGCCAGACAUCGAAAGCCUUAUGCAAGAGUGGCCCCCUGAGUUUGAGGAGCUUUUGGGCAAGGUGAAUCUCCCCACGGCAGAUAUGAACUGUGACUUGGCAGAAUACAUUGAUACAAUAUGUGGUAUCCUUGACAUCCCGGUGUACAAGAGCCGAAUUCAGUCUCUCCAUGUCCUGUUCACACUUUAUUCUGAGUUUAAGAACUCACAGCACUUUAAGGAUUUGGCAGAAGGCCACAAAUCGAACACCUCGUCUGCACGUCACACUGCCACCGCAGAACCAGACACACUGACGCUAGAGUGAUGGCUUGUAACUGAUGCCUCUAAAAGGCCCUACAAAACAGCCGUUACACCACUAAUGCCAGCUUUAACAUAACGUUUGCAUGAAGAUUCUUUUUUUUAACUGUUAUGUUGGUUAUGACAUGCUGAGGACAGCAUGACCUUUAGUUACAGUACUUAAUAAAAUCUGUGUAUGAAUAAAUGUAAAGAUUUGCUUUGUACAAUAUUAUGCAUCCACAUACAGUAGGUGCACAUUAUUAGUUAAGAAUAUUUUUGCACUAAAUUUGAAUCUGAAAUUGUGUAAGUAAUGAUUGUUCGGUUUCAUUUACAAAUAAAAUUCUUUUCAUCUCAGAAA